AUGGCGAACGGACCGAUGCCCAAACUAACCACUAGUUACGGAGCCUACUAUCGUAUCCAGCCGCAGCGGUCCGCCCGUCUGCAAAUAGAUCCUCUAACACGCGGACCCCCACGGCUCCGACUCGGCAUAAACGGCGUCCUUCGGCCUGUGUCCGCUGUCGACAGCGAAAGGUCCGCUGUGAUGGCGCCGUACCCGCAUGCUCGAAUUGUGCGAAGGCCGGUGUGGACUGUUUGGAAGGGAGAGCUGCGUCUGCUUCAAUUAUACUAUCUGGAACGGCGUGUUCGAGAGCUGGAGAGACUGGAGGCAUCGCCCUUACGCGAUAGUGCUGACAAUGCUGAGAGUACCGACAAUAGCCGAAGCGCCUAUAAUCAAAAUGCGUUGUUUGAUGGGAACAAUGCAAGUCCAACACAGGCCCCUGUAGUCGCCGAGCAUCAUGGCAUUGACCUGGGUCAAGAACACCACAGCCCUCCCGUGCAGUCACCAGCCGUUUCGGGCUCGACCCAGAUCACUCGCAACCAACCGCUGGCUCAUGAAGUUGGCCUUCUGUCCCUCGCCAACAACACAGAACCAAAAUACCUAGGACCAUCAUCUGGUAUUUCUUUUGCUCGGCUUAUCUAUGAAAGCGCACCGCAAUCCCAAGGCCUCCCACUGUCGCUACUCCAAGGCCAAGGCACGCAUCAAGAGCCUCGCGUGCGUCUUCCUACUGCGACAGGACGGGCCCUUAGCUCAGAUGCAUCUAGCAUUCCGCCCAUCCCCUUACCCUCUCCGGCCGAAUCCCAGCAAUAUGCUGAGGCUUACUUUGAGGGCACAUGUCUUUAUCCUUUUAUCUCACAGCAAGGAUUCUAUCAGCUCCUAAGCCAGAUUCAGAAGUAUAAUGAAUCUUCCACAUGGAGCCAUCCGCUUCCUAUCAGAUUAGCUGCGGCGCAAGUGGGCCUUGUUCUUUCCUUGGGGGCACGCUUCCUUGAAGUACGACUAGGGUCCGAUUAUGAUACCAAUGACCUUUUCGUCUCUGCCAUGACUCACAGUUCCCAGAUCUGCCUUCAAGAUAGCGUGGAGGGUGUACAAGUUCUGUUACUGAUGGUUCUUCACAGCUUCUAUAGUCCAGAUGGUCUUAAUGCUUGGUAUCUGCUCCACACUAUCAUUGCAAGCUGUCUGGACCUUGGACUUCAACGGCGGAAUGGAUAUGCCGCAGAGUUGAAUUCGGCGACAUACUGUGUGGCCGCACAAAGACGAAGCGCCAUCUUCUGGUCGGCCUACUCAAUGGAUCGCACACUAACCACUAUCCUCGGUCGUCCACUGACCCUCAGAGAUGAGGCCAUCGAUCAGCCAUUCCCAGGCUUGGAUGCAAGUGAUGAAGUUGAAGAAGCAGCAACCCGGUGGUAUAGUGCAAGAAUUGCGCCUGAAAUGAACAGGCAUCUGUACGAGCAGACACCGUCGACAUACCUAGCAUUUAUCUACUCCUUACGGUUUGACCGAAUCACUGCUGAGAUCAAGCUCAUGAUAUACCGCGUCUCUCGCUCACCACGCCGUUUUCCCUGGCCAUCAAACAUAUCUGCCUGGCAACGGGACACAGAUCAAGCCUGCAAAGAUCUCCUAACUGAAGUCCACAAUCAGCAGCGCGGGCGUUCCGUGUGCGGUCCUAGCUCACUAUCUGGAACAACUGUGCAACGAUUGGAGAUCAAAUUUCACCAGUGCAUCAUGCUUCUCUACCGACCCAGCCCUCAGCUGCCAUAUCCAACAUUCGCAGCCAUAGAGGCAUGUUUUGGUAGCGCAAUGAAAAUAAUCCAGAUCAACACGGAGCUUCACCGCUUCAUGAACAUGGAGUGGUCGUGGCUCUCUGCCCACACUAUCUUUGUUGCUGCCAUUACAGUGCUGUACUGCCUCUGGGCUUACCCAUCGGUGAGAGAUCUGACGCCAGUGACUGUUCCGUUAUCCCGAGUAGACUCCGCCUUGGAGCUCCUUACCUUCCUUAGACGGCGGUGGUCUGUAGCAGAGCAGCCGUGCGAAAAGCUCUCACGACUAAUUACCCUAACUCACGAAACUAUGCGCGAGACUGCUGAGAACCAAAGGCAAUCUGCGACUGCGGAUGACGUUACAACGCACCCAACCGCUGAGACACAGCUUAGAAAUGGGGUUAGCGUGGUGCCGCAAGAGGACGGUAAGUCGCUGUUGAUAGAUGAAUUGGGCAUCCUCCGAGAUCUUUUUGACCUCGGCUGGCUCAAUGAUUGGGGCUCGGACCCCUGUCAGCCACAAGUUUGGGAUACUUCUGAGCUUAUGCCUGGAUUUGAUGGUUAG